AUGGCUGCAGCUGCAGCUGCCACAGGCACAGAUUCAAUAGCAUAUACAGUCAUACAGCAAGAAGACGACAAGGAGCAACCAACAGUCCAGGAACUGAAAAAUCAACUAGAAAAUGGCCGCGAUGAUGUCAAGAUUGAAACAAUGAAGAAGAUUCUCCUAAUAAUGUUGAAUGGUGAUCCAUUGUUAGGAUGUCUGAUGCAUGUCAUUCGUUUCAUCAUGCCCUCAAAGAACAAGUCGCUAAAGAAACUUUUGCUUGUGUAUUGGGAAAUAUGUCCUAAACAUAAUCCGGAUGGGAAGUUGAAGCAGGAGAUGGUGCUGUUUUGUAACGCACUCCGAAACGAUCUCCUACAUCCAAACGAAUACAUACGAGGCAUGACAUUACGCUUCCUGUGCAAACUUAGAGAAGCUGAAUUGUUGGAACCAUUGAUACCUAGUGUUAGGCAGUGUCUGGAACAUCGACACGCAUACGUCCGAAAGAAUGCCUUAUUGGCUGUAUAUAGUAUUUACAAAAAUCACGACUUUUUGAUCCCAGAUGCUCCUGAACUUGCUGAAAAAUGUCUAGCUACAGAAGCAGAUAUGAACUGUAAACGAAACGCAUUCGUACUAUUAAUGAACACCAAACAACAACUCGCAGUCCAAUACCUCAAUUCAGUCUUUGCUCAAAUCACCACCUUUGAUGAAUUGUUGCAAUUAGCAUUGAUUGAAUUGAUUAGAAAGGAGGCUAGAGCUAAUACCGCUGACAAGGGCAAAUUCAUACAAUGCAUCUUUUCGUUAUUGCAUGCCUCUUCACCAUCAGUGAAAUAUGAAGCUGCUACUACAUUGGUUGCUUUGACAUCACAUACAUCUGCUGUUAAAGCUGCUGCUACAGCAUACAUUGAACUCAUUGUCAAGGAACCAGACAACAAUGUGAAACUAAUCGUCCUGGAUCGACUGAAUGAGUUACGUGAAAAGCAUGAACGAGUAUUAGAUGAUUUGGUGAUGGAUAUCAUGAGAGUUCUUACCAGUCCCGAUAUCGAAGUCCGACGAAAAUGUCUCAACAUUGCAAUGGAGAUGGUGUCUACUCGUAAUGUAGAUGAAGUAGUUGGGUUUUUGAAGAAGGAGUUGCUCAAGACUCAUGAUCAAGAAUACGAAAAGAACACCGAAUACCGACAAUUAUUGAUUCACGCUAUACAUCAAUGCGCCAUCAAAUUUUCUGAAGUGGCUGCUAGUGUAGUUCAUGUCUUGAUGGAGUUCUUGGCUGAUUCUGGAAAUACGUCUGCUGUUGACGUUAUUGCUUUUGUUCGUGAGGUGAUGGAGAAGUUUCCUCAAUUACGAGGAGACUUGAUCAACAGACUAUUAGAAUCGUUUACAGAAAUGAAGACUGGCAGAGUUUUUAGAGGUGCAUUGUGGAUUAUUGGAGAGUAUGCUUUGGAUGAACCCGCAAUGGAAGAAGCAAUGAAACAAAUUAGAGUUACAUUAGGAGAGCUACCCAUCCUAGCAUCAGAACAACGAGCACUCGAAGAACAAGAUGCUCCCAAUGAUAGUGAUAGCAAAUCAUCUCCAGGUUCAACAGCAGCUGUACCAGACCAUCAUAAAACAUCACAACGAGUGCUUGCUGAUGGUACAUAUGCCACCGAGAGUGCGUUUUCGGUUGGAGCUAAAUCGAUUUCGCAGUCCAAGUUGGAAGCGUUGAAGGCUGCUUCCAAGCCACCGUUGAGAGCUCUGAUAUUGAAUGCUGAUUGGUUUGUUGGAUCUGUACUGGCCACGACUCUUACAAAAUUGGUGUUGCGAUACGCACUUUUAUCCAAGAAUAAGGGCAAGGUUAAUACGUACCGAUGUGAGGCCAUGUUGAUCAUGACAUCCAUCAUCCGAGUUGGACGUUCCGAAUUCCCCACAUCACCAAUCGAUGAAGAUUCGCAUGAUCGAAUCAUGGCAUGUUUACGACUCUUGUCGUCUGUUGCGGAUGAAGAUUCGACUGUCAGGAAGGCGUUUUUGUUUGAAGCUCGCAAGGCGUUUGCACAGAUGGUGCUUGAAGAAGAGAAACGGACAGCGGCCAAAUCAGUCUCAUCAAAGAAGGUUGUUUCAGUACAAGCUGAUGAUGUGAUUAAUUUCAGACAGUUGAAGAGUAAGAAGAAUACGGGUGAUAUGAGCGAUGAGUAUGAAUUGGAUAUGACGAGAGCAACUGGCAUAACGGAUCGUGGGGAUGAUUUGAUGUCCAAGUUGAGUCGGGUUGUUCAGCUUACUGGUUUCUCGGAUCCCGUGUAUGCUGAAGCUUAUGUGAAUGUCCAUCAGUAUGAUAUUUUACUCGACGUCUUAAUUGUCAACCAAACCGAAAACACCCUCCAAAACCUCACACUCGAAUUCUCCACAUUGGGAGACUUGAAACUUGUCGAAAGACCAUCACCACAUACACUCGGACCACGUGGAUACCACGGCAUCAAAGCAAACAUUAAAGUGUCAUCUACCGAAACUGGAGUCAUUUUCGGCAACAUUGUGUAUGAUGGUUCAUCAUCACAGGAUACGAAUUGUGUGAUUUUGAAUGAUAUUCAUAUUGACAUUAUGGAUUAUAUUAAUCCUGCAACAUGUACUGAAACUCAAUUCCGGGCAAUGUGGACUGAGUUUGAGUGGGAGAACAAGGUUAAUGUGAAUACCAAUAUAACUGACUUGAGACCAUACUUGGAUCACGUCAUGAAGUGCACAAACAUGGCAUGUUUGACACCAGAACAUGCGUUAUCCGGAGAAUGUGGAUUUUUAGCUGCUAAUAUGUAUGCUAAGAGUAUCUUUGGUGAAGACGCACUAGCAAACAUUUGUCUCGAAAAGCAAGGAGACACCGUGACUGGACAUAUCCGCAUUCGAAGCAAGACCCAAGGAAUUGCGUUGAGUUUGGGUGAUAAGAUCACUCUUUCUCAAAAGCAAGCCAUUCAUGCAGCGGCCUAG